GGAGGGAGGAUCAACAAGGCAUCCUCGACCCUGCGGGAGCAUUAAGGCAGUUUAGAGGAGCAGCACUGGCUGCUUUCUCAGCCUGUUGCUCACGCCCCUGAUUCCCGCAGGACCAAUGCAGGACAGGGACUGUGCUGAGAAGCCAGAGCCCAAAUUCUGUGAUGGUACCACCCACCAUGAACGGAUGAAGAAAGACUGGGAUUUGUUCCAUCGCCGUUUAUACCAGGAAAACCUUCAGUAUGAACAUGGUGUGUCUGAGCCUCCACCUUCACACCACCAGGAGGCGGAUGGAGCCCAGGCAAUGGUAGAUGCCCAGGAAGAUGCCCAGUUACAGUGCACUUCUUAUACUACACAAUACAAGAAGAGGACGGUGAAAGUUUCUCAUCAUGGCCAAAUCCACACGCCUUUGUGCCGAUUUAGAAAACAUCCAAGGAAAGACAUGAGGGGAAGAACACAGGAUGGAACUGCAUCAUGCUGGUUCAAAGUCACAAUUCCAUAUGCAAGAAAGUAUAACAAGACAAAACUGAUGACAUCAAUUCAGAGUUACUGCGCUCUUCGCUUCGUUGCCGUGGACUUUCAUUACAUCAGGAACCAGGCCUGUUUCUUUAUUCAAGAUGAGAUUGCAGCAUCUGCCCUGAGGGAUGUGAGUGAAAAGAUUCGGGAUGAUGACAACAGAAAGAUAGCUGUGUUCGUCCAUCGCUCUGCUGCACCCUACUCUGUGCAGAACCAGCUCAAACCAGAAGAAAUGCAACUGCUGAAGCGCACUUUGUACAAACGGUAUGAUGCCAACACAAAGCGCCUUGAUCUACAAAGUCUACGACUUGACCCAGACUUGAUGCAUCAUCAUAUUGACAUGAUACUGAAUCAAAGGCAAUGCAUGGCUGCAACCCUACAGAUCAUUGGAACAGAAUUUCCCGAGCUCUUGGCUCUGAAUUUGUGCAACAACAAACUGUACCAUCUGGAUGGCCUGUCUGACAUUUUAGACAAGGCCCCCAAAGUCAAGACCUUGAACCUGUGUGAUAAUGAGAUUCGGACAACGCUAGAACUGGAGAAGGUAAAAGAGCUGAAGCUGGAAGAGCUGUGGCUGAAAGGGAACCCGCUGUACAAGAUCUUCCCUGACCACGCAGCCUAUGUAAGAAAGAUUUUGGAUUGCUUCCCCAAUUUGUCACGCCUGGAUGGCAAAGACUUAUCCCCACCAGUUGCUGAAAUGGAUGCACAGAAGACAAUAAAACCAAGUGAGAAAAGUUCUCAAGAAAUCGAAAUGAUAAAAAAUCUGAUCCUCAAUUUCCUUCACCACUAUUACUUUAUCUAUGACUAUGGAGAUCGCCACACUCUCAUUAAUGUUUACCACGAGAAGGCUUAUUUCUCUCUGACCACUGGCUUCAACUCCACGGACCCGGUCCCGACCGAAUUGUAUAAAUACGCCAAGACCAGCAGGAAUAUCAAGAACAUCACAGAAGCAAACCUGAGGAGGCAACUGCUGAAGCACACAAACCAUGUCAUCGUGGACACCCUCAACAUGUUGCCUAAAACACGACAUUACUUCAGCUCCUUCUCAAUAGACACCUGCUUCUACACGGAGAAGUCCUUCAUUGCCACUGUCAAGGGGAUAUUCAGGGGAGAGAGUACAUCUGAAAAUUCGGUGUUUGGUUUCAUCCGGACGUUCGUUGGGUUCCUGACUGACACUUCCACCUGGCUGAGGACCCAUUUCCCCGACAGUGUGUGCAUCCUGAAUGACCAUCUCUUUGUGAGCAACACCAACCCUGGAAAGGUCCGGAACAGCUUCUCAAUCGUGGGAGCCAUCCCAUGCUCCCGCUGUCCACCCACCCUCUCCCUGCUGCAGGAAGAGAUGGUGCAUGCAUUCUCUCAGCAGUCUGCGAUGAAACUUUCGUGGAGCCAGAAGUGCCUUGAAGACAAUGGAUGGAACUUUACCAGUGCAGUGCAGGCCUUCUCCACGCUCCAGGACCAGGGUGUCAUUCCAAAGGAGGCGUUCAAGAAAAGCACCUAAAAGAAUCCCAAGCUCUGCUCAGCAUGUUAGCCAUGUGCUCUUUUCUUUUCGUUUUGCAAGUAUCAGGUGUUGUUCAUUAUUGAGUUUGUAGA